UGACUGUAGGAGUUGGAAUACAUUGAAUUUCAAUCACUCAGUGGCAAAUAUUACCAGAUUUCUUCCCACCACAAGCUUCUAAGGGAAGGCCUUUGUAACUUGGCCCUGGUAAUACAGUUGGUGGAGCAGGGUUUUAAUCCUGGUCUGUCUAUGGCACAGCCUGUGUUAGAAAGCUCUACAUUUUCUCAUCACCAGAGCAACAAAUGAAGGGCCAAAGGAAGAUCAGGUCAGUCGAACUUUCUAGGGCUACCGAGUGAGUCACUGAGCAGGUAAGGCUUUGGAGGGGUUUGUUGAUGAUCCCAAUGCCUUACCUUGGACAAUCUAGCCUCCUGUAUACACUUGCUCAGCCUCAUGCAUUUCACUCGGGCACCAUCACACAAACACACUAGCUUUCUGGUUCCAAGCCAUGGCUCUUUAUAAACAAUCUUUCUUAAUUAGCCUUGGCAGCUCAACACCUUUGGUGUAUCUAGCCCAUUUCACUACCACGCCUACUCUUGUUGGAUCCGGUUAUAAAAUAAACUAUGUUCUUUGAGAGCUGUUGCAUACAGAUCAGUCGGCAGCUGGUCUGAGCUGACCCACAGACAUAAAAACCAACAAGGCCCCAAGUACCCUUACCGGGAUUAACCAAACUAUUAGAUCAAGGAUGCAAGGACUCACACACAUCAAGGACCUGGCUGCUUCCUUGGGGACUAAGAAAAUGGUUUUUGUCUCCACAUUUACUCUGGCAAUCCAUGAGCCCUAACUGAUUACAUUGGGAAAUUGGCUGUGUCAUGCACCAGUGAGUAGCAGAGCAGGAAUUCAAGCCUGACUCCAACUUCUGUUUCCAGGCAAAGACGGGGGAGCCUACACGUGCUCUGCAGAUCAAGGUGUUGACAGAAAGGAUGUUCAAACAUCUUCGGAAAUGGUUUGUCACUCACUUUUCUGGGCGUUCUCGGCAGAGAGCAAGGCUAGUCUCCAAAGAUGGAAGAUGCAACAUAGAAUUUGGCAAUGUGGAUGUACAGUCAAGAUUUAUAUUUUUUGUGGACAUCUGGACAACUGUGCUUGACCUCAAAUGGAGAUACAAAAUGACCAUUUUCAUCUCAGCCUUCUUAGGGAGCUGGUUCCUCUUUGGUCUCCUGUGGUACGUGGUGGCCUACAUUCACAAAGACCUCCCAGAGUUCCAUCCUCCUGACAAUCAUACCCCCUGUGUAGAGAACAUUAAUGGCAUGACCUCAGCUUUUCUAUUUUCUCUGGAAACUCAAGUGACCAUUGGAUAUGGAUUCAGGUGUGUGACGGAACAAUGUGCCACUGCCAUUUUUCUACUAGUAUUCCAGUCUAUUCUUGGAGUUGUCAUCAAUUCUUUCAUGUGUGGUGCCAUCUUAGCCAAAAUCUCCAGACCCAAAAAACGUGCCAAGACCAUUACAUUCAGCAAGAAUGCAGUGAUUAGCAAGCGGGGUGGGAAGCUCUGUCUUCUAAUCCGAGUGGCUAAUCUUAGGAAGAGCCUCCUCAUUGGAGGUCACAUAUAUGGAAAACUUCUGAAGACCACAGUCACUCCAGAAGGAGAAACCAUUAUUUUGGACCAGACCAAUAUCAACUUCGUAGUUGAUGCUGGCAAUGAAAAUUUAUUCUUCAUCUCCCCAUUGACAAUUUACCACAUCAUUGAUCACAAUAGUCCCUUCUUCCACAUGGCAGCAGAAACCCUUUCCCAACAAGAGUUUGAGUUAGUGGUAUUUUUAGAUGGCACAGUGGAGUCAACUAGUGCUACCUGCCAAGUCCGCACAUCUUAUGUUCCAGAGGAGGUGCUUUGGGGCUACCGUUUUGUUCCCAUAGUCUCCAAGACCAAGGAUGGGAAAUACCGAGUAGACUUCCAUAACUUUAGUAAGACAGUGCAAGUGGAGACCCCUCACUGUGCCAUGUGUCUUUAUAAUGAGAAAGAUGCUAGGGUCAGGACAAAGAUAGGCUAUGACAACCCCAACUUUGUCUUGUCCGAAGUCAGUGAAACAGAUGACACCAAAAUGUAGCAGUGGCUUUCACCAUGAAUGAAACGAAGUUGUCUAGGUACCCAGUGACUUCAGCAUUAUGAAGCAAUUAACAGUUUGAGGUUACAAACACAAGACAAGAGCCAUCAAGGUCUACCAGCACAAUGACCCCUACAAGAUACAUGACUCUGAAAGACUACUGUGUUAGCACACAUGAUGCAUUUAUAUGAAACUGCACAUGAAAGCCACAGGAGUUCACUUGGAAUUUUGAAUAUGAUUAUUUUAGGUCAUUCAGUGUUCAUGAGAAGAGAUGAAAUCAUCAGGAAUCUCAUGGACAGGCCAAAGGAGAUACUUGUUUGUUUUUCUUAAAUCUCCUUGAAGGGGUUAGAAGCUUUAAAUAGGAUCAAGAAACAACCAUAUUUUCAUUUUGAUUCUGACAGGAAAAAUGUCAUUUUCAUUUUAACACUGAGUUUAUCAAUGGAAAAGCUGUCUCCUGUGUUGGCGGAGAUGAGCUAAUAAACCAAUGACAAUAAGAAGAGCUUGUUACACAAUGAAUAACUUGAGGAGUUAACCCUCUUGAGCUCUGGUCAUUAGAGCCUUCAUCUAGGAUCAUGUGUGAUUCGCAAGGAAGAAGGAAAAGCACAGUCCAGGGACUCUGCAGGAUGCAAACGUGCUUUGCUUUAUGGCUUAUGCAGAUGCAGCACCCCACAUUGGGCUUUGGCCCAAAUGUUCUCAUGUGGUACAUUUAGACAAAGGUUAGAUCUAUACUCGAGAAUCUUGAUGAACUAUUUCUUGCCAAAUAGAAUGCUUGAGUUGAAAAUGGUGGUGAUAGUUCUUUCAAUCUGCAUUAGAUGGGUUAAGGAGCUACAGAUCUGUUAAGAGUAUUUCCUGCUCAUUCACGAUGGUAGUGAGGAUUCUGAGAAUGCAGUCAGUCUGAAAGGCUAUGGCAUGCUAAUGGUUAAAGUUUCUCAUGUUUCUCUGCCUUCAAUUUGCACUGAAAAGGUAUCUGAAGAAGUGGAAAGGGGAAAACAAUAAGAUGUGGUCUCACAGUCUGGACAUUUUGAGACCUUUGUGUCUCUAUAAACCAUCCCCACAUUUCCUAAAAGGGACCAACCUAAUGGAAGGAUUGCCCCUUAGGGGAAGGUUUUAAUGUGAAUGCAUUAUGUUGUUCCCCACAUGAAUUAUUUUGAAUGUAUCCUGGAAAAAAUGGAAAUCAAACCUGCUUGUUAUUCAAGAUGAUUCAAUAUGUUGAUUAAUUUAUUAAAUUCCUGAAACUAA